GUUUUCCGUGGUUCUGUCCUUGUUUACUACCGGGAAUUUAAAAUGGUUGAAGAUGCCAAAUUUCUGAAAAGAAAAAUACGCGCUGGUUCCAUAGAUGUGCAUCCAACUGAAAAGGCACUUGUUGUGCACUAUGAAACGGAGGCUACAAUUCUUGGGGAAUUAGGAAAUCCAAUGGUUGGGGAUCGAAAGGAAAGUCAAAAAAUAAUUCGGGUUAGAAAUCUGAAUGAAAACACAAAUAUCCCUGAGCUGGCCAAAAAGAUUAUCUCAAGCUGCAAAUUGAUAUCGGAAAACAAAUAUCCACAAGUUGAACACUUGCUAAAGUAUUUGCUGAAAAGAAAAGAGACAAAGAAAGUUAAAAAUCAAAAACCAUCAAUCAUAUCAGAAACACUUGCUGAUCCUGGAGCGUUCGAUUCAACUGAAAUAAAUGAAAUUGCUCAUUUGACUGAACUUGAGGAUUAUUUAGAACUGCUCUAUGAAGGUAUAUCAGAAAAGCUACGUGCAUCGGCUUUAAUUUUACAACUUGCGAGAAAUUCCGACAAUUUAGAGGAGCUGUUUCAAAAUGAAACCCUUGUUGGUGCUUUGGCAAGAGUUCUUCGUGAAGACUGGAAAAAGAGCACAGAUUUAGCAACAAACAUAGCCUAUAUAUUCUUCUGUUUUUCUUCCUUCUCAAAUUUCCACGGGGUAAUAUUGCACUUCAAAAUUGGUGCAUUAAUUAUGACCAUCAUUGACCAUGAAUUAAAGAAAUAUGACUUAUGGGUUGAAGAACUAGAAAGAAAACACAAAUUAUCGAACAAUAAAUCUGAGACAAGUUUGACAACGGAUGGUAAAUCUUUGGUGGAUGAAGCACAAAAUAAUUAUGAGACAAGCUUUUUGAAGUAUAAAUCACUAGUCAGGAAACAAGAACAGUUGUUUAGGGUUUCCUUUUACUUACUACUGAAUAUCAGUGAAGACAUUAAUGUUGAAAUUAAAAUGCACAAUAAAGGAAUAGUUACUAUGAUUUGUAAAUGUUUGAACCGAGAUAAUUUCGAGCUGUUAAUACUGCUUGUCUCAUUUUUGAAAAAAUUGAGUAUAUUCUCUGAGAACAAGGAUGAAAUGUUAAAAAAUGGUAUAAUUGACAGAUUAUCCAAAAUAUUAUGUAGACCAGAAGAGGAUCUCGUUAACUUGUGUUUACGUUUGUUAUAUAACCUUAGUUUCGAUACAUCUGCUAGACUAGAAAUGGUGUCCAAAGGUGUUUUAAAUAAAAUUGUAGGAUUAUUAGAAAAUACUCAACAUCAACCAGUAGCUUUGUACAUACUAUACCAUUUAACAACAGAAGCUCAAUCCAGACCGGCGUUUGUCAAUACACAUUGUUUAUCAUUUCUUAAGAAAUUAAUACUAGAAAAUCCUGAAGAGAAAUCUGAUUUAAUCCCAAUGGCUCUAGGUAUUAACUUGGUAUUAGAUAAUCAAUGUGCAAAUGCUAUGCUUGGUGAAGGUCGAUGUUUUAAACUGAUGAGUAAGCGUGCAAUAAAAUUCCGUGAUCAAUUAAUCAUGAAGUUACUACGUAAUGCAAUACAGAACAAUGAUUUAUUAAAACUAAAGAUGGUAGAUUUUCUGCCGGAAUUAUUAAAAAUCGUGACUGAAGAAAAACCCUUUUUGAUGAAUACACCAAGAAAUCUUUAUUCUUCUACAAAAGCAACUCGAUAUGAUAAAUUGAAGGUAAGUAGUAAAAAGCACUUGAACAUUGAGGCACUGAACUCCAAAACCAACCAGAAUAACACUUCAAGUUUAUUAGAAAACCGCUUAAAAAUGAAAAUUCACAAAACUGACGACGUUAUUAAUGGUGUUUGUAAUGAAGACGAUGAUAACGACAACGAAAAAGAUGAUGAUGAUGAUGAUGACGAAAAUGAAUUUAGGAAAAAAGAAGACUUCAAGUUUGAAUGCUUAGGAUGUUUAGCUAACCUCAAUCUUAAAGAUAUUCAGUACAGCAAGGUAAUCACUGAAUUCAGUUUGCUGAAAUGGAUCAAAAGCCAACUGGAGAGCGUACACGUUCAGAAAUCAAAUGAUUUUUUAAGUACAACUUCCGAAGUUAACAACGGUUUCGGAUCAAUUUUUUCAUCACCAAUGCUUCCCAAUCACCUAGAAGAUGAUGAAAUUUUAGAAAUUGUACGAAUGCUUAGUGCCAUAUGCCAAGAUCCUGAUGCAGGUAAAAUGGUUAUUGAAGCUGGGGUCGUACAUAACUUGAUCGGUUUAUUGAACGUUAAACAGGAGGAUGACGAAAUUGUUUUUCAAAUCGUCUAUACAUUUUUUCAGUUAACUUUUCAUGAAUCAACAAGAAAUCUGUUAGUAAAAACGACACAAGCCGUUGCUUAUCUUGUUGAUUUGAUGCAUGAUAAAAAUGCUGAUAUUCGAAAACUUUGUGAUAUUACCUUGGAUAUUGUUUGUGAAUAUGAAUCUGAUUGGAGAAUAAGGAUUCAAACAGAACGUUUUCGUUGGCAUAACAGCCAAUGGUUAGAAAUGAUUGAUACAGCAACCAAACCUAGUCUUCUUGAUAAUUCAGACUCAACAACUGAGGCAGCAUUAGCAGCUGUCCUUGGUGUCGGUCAUGCUCGAUCUCAAUAUCAUUCCAAUUUAUUAACUGAUGAUGAUUUAAAUAAUAUUGUUACUGGAGACGAUAACGAUAAUCGUGGUUACUUUGGAAUGGGAUUGGACAUUGAUGAUGCAGCAGCAUUUCUAAUGUCACUAUCAUCAAAUAAUGAGGGACGUAAGCGAUCAUCAGGAAGCGAAAAUAUUUUACACAUACCAUUUGAAAACAAUAACUAUAUGAACCACUUGAACAUGUUGUGCCCAGAUAUGUACGGUGGUGUAAACUUUUUAUCUAAUGAAAGAGUGAGUCCGGGAAUGACGGUUAACAGUCACUAUGACUCAGAUUCAGAUACUACUCAAAAAGAGAGUGGUUCACGGUAGGUUUCAAGAUUUCAUUAAUGAAUUUAACCUGAUCUUUAGUACCUUAUUUGUCAGUGUAUUUAUUUCAAGAAGCAUUUUUACCAUUUUGUAGGUUCUAUUCACGUGCAAACUAAUUUUUGUAGGAGACCAACACUGAAUACUACUAACAUUUGUAUACACCUCACCAUCAGUAGUUAUACUUUAGCACAGAGAAAACUAAAGUGCAUUACAUUCGCCUUCCGGAUUACAACCGGUGGGCCUUAGAAAGUUACAUUGUUCAUUUCGGUUAAUAUAUAAAGAAAUACAAUAUACCUUUUGUAGUUAAACUAUGUGGUUUUGAAAUCCCAUAUGAAGAAAAGACCUUUCGAUGCUCAACUUUUUCUUAGGGUUUUCAGGUUUUGGAUUUCGUUAAGAGUGUCUUGCGAAUUUCUGUUAUGAUGUAAACUAAUUCUUUCAGGGAACUCCUAGAUAAAAAAUGAAUUCUCUUGCAGUAUGAAGGACAUAGGGUUGUAAUUGCAUGUAAUUUUUUAAUAAAAUAAAAAUAAAAUCCCAGAAAUCAAUAGUUACUUCAUUAUACUUCACUUACUAACCUACUUACACCUGCUACCCCUCGUCGAAGAACAUGGGCCACUCAUCAGCUUUCUCUAUCAAACUCUGUUCUGGGCAAUCC